CGAUUCAUAUCGCACUUGUUUUUUUUUGUUAUUGUUUUGUCUAUGUGUUAUUGAGCAACACUUUCAUUAAUUGUAAAAUAUUCGUAUUUUGUUUUUAAAUAUAAAAAGAUCAAAGAAUGCAUUGAUCAUCAUCGAAUUGUCGUUAGGAUUUUAUUUUUAUUGAUUUGACGAUAUAAAUAUUUUGAAAUUUACAAAAAUCAAAACAAACAACAAAAACAUCAACGAGAUUCAGAACAAUGGAUACUAUACCAAAUGGACCGCUUGAUGAUAUUAAAAAAUUAGGGGAAAUAUUGAUUAGACGAAAUUCAGAAAAAGAAUAUUACCGAUUUUUACACCUCCAAGAACAAUGCCGUUUGAAAUGGCAGGCAACCACCGAUAAAUUUGUUCAACUUUUAAAAGAGCAUGAACAAUGUGUAUUGGAAAAACAACGUCUGAUAGACACAUUGCAGCAUGUCAGCUCAAUGUGGGAGAUGGAAAAAGAAGAUCGUCGUGCCGCAGAACGUGAAGCUCAAAAUUUUAAACAGACAUUGAAUCACCUUAAAGAGCUGUUGAAACGUAAUGGCAGCCUAGAACGAGGUGAUCGACAUGAAGAAAAGCGCUCCAAAUUCAAAAUCGACGAGAAAAGUAAUGACGAACUUACUUCGACUGCAUCGUUUUUAUCUCGUUUAUCCGAUUUGACGCCAACUGAUGAGUAUUAUCUUGAACAAUGCGAUGGCAUUGUUGGAAGUCAUCAAUUAUCUAAAACGUUUGACAACACAAUAUUUGCGGAAAUUCAUGGCAACGAGCAUGAAACGAACAUGUCAAAGUCAUGCGCUACAGAUGAAAGCACCAAAACAUUCGUAGUCGAAAAUAAUCCAAACAAAAAACGUGAUAAAAUUUCCGAUGAAAGUAGCGAUGACAUUCGAUGUGAAAAUAGUCGCAGAGUCCCACCGAAAAAACGUGUUCGGAAAUAUUUGCAUGCAUCAAAAGAAUUUAUACGGGAGAAACUAUCGAUACCGAAAGGUCGACGAUCACUUGACGCAUUAUCAACAGCUGAAGUGAAUCCAAAUCCAAUUUACGAGCGCAUCGAUUCCUCGAUUAUUUCACUCGAUUGUGAAAAAAAUUUAAACUACAAUUGGGAGAAAAAUGCAAUCGCACCAAAAGACAAUUCAUGUGACCUGAACGCAACAAGACGAGAAUCAAUAAUUAAUCCAAACAGUUGCACACAUACUUUCACACAUCGCACAGCAUCACGAUCAAUUAUCUGUUUCGUUUGUUCAAAAAAAUUCCGCUUUGGAAUGGCGUACAAAUGUAUAUCAUGCAGAGUGUUUGUACAUCAUGACUGCAAAACACAUUUGAAAACAACGUCAAAAGUGCGACGAAUGUCAAAAGGUGGAAAGCAUCCCAUUGAACUCUUCGUAAAUGAUUAUGUACCAAAAGAUGGUCUAAGCGUUCCAGCGCUAAUUGUUCACUGCGUAAAUGAGGUUGAAAUGCGCGGUUUAUCUGAACGUGGCAUUUAUCGUGUUUCGGGCAGUGAAAAGGAAAUCAAAUCACUUCGGGAUCGAUUCUUUAAGGAUGACAGUGUACCAGAUUUGGAAAAUAUUGAUAUAAAUGUGAUUUGUGGUUGCAUCAAAAUGUUUUUAAAAGGUUUAACCGAACCGCUGAUUCCGACACGUCUUUGGGCGGUAUUUUCUAAUUAUGUUAUGGAUUUUGAUGGUGAUGACAACGAUGGCAAUAUCCAAAAACAUCUCCAGCAUGAAAUAAGUCAACUGCCAAAAGCCAAUAGAGACACGCUUGCAUUUUUGAUUUUGCAUUUGCAGAGAGUUGCAACAUGUAAAGAAGUUCAGAUGCCAAUAUCAAAUUUAUCAAAGAUAUUCGGACCUACUGUAGUCGGAUAUUCGUCAGCACAGCCAGAUCGUGACUCUAUUUUAUGCGAAACAUUCAUACAAACCAACGUCAUGCAACAUUUCUUGAACAUUCCGACGGAUUAUUGGUUCAGUUUUAUCAGUGAAAACUUAUAUGCUUAAAGAAGCGAUACCCACUAAUGAAAUCUACCUACCAAAAACAGUGACCUUUUUCUUUUCAUUUUCAUAUUUUUAAACAAUAAACUGUUUCGAACAAUAGGUUUAAUUUUCGGAUGUAGAUUCUCAUUCAUAUGCAUCCAUUGUGUUAUAGUUUAAGACAACCGCAAUAAAAAGAAGUCAUUACAAUGCUAGGACAAUA